UUCUGGAGAUCCCUACCUAUGUGAGGCCUUCCAAAGGCCAGGAUGCUGGAGAAUAGUCAUGGGCAAUGCGUGUGGAUCCGGCCAGCUUUCUUGUACCAGGAGCCUCUUCUCUGUGCUUGCAGGGACCCAGCAAACGUGUACAGCCAGAGCAAAUUGGCAGAGUUCUGUGCAGGAGAAAGACGAGGAAGAGUGAUGACAAUGCAGGCUGUUAAAAUGUCAGAUGGUAAAAACAACCAAGAGUUCCAGAUGGGGCAAUUGGAAGAGAAACAUGCUGAAGAUGAUAAUAAGAAAGUUCUGGAUUCUCUCAAUUGGGAAUCCCAUGUCCUCACCUGUGACUUCCAAAUGCAAUCACUAUUCAAGUCUUGUGCAAAGCAGCACGUCAUGAGGAAGUUCUUCGUUAUCAGGUGCUCUCUCAUUUGGCCAGGAGUGUUCGACCAAACCAUAUUAGGUCCAUGUCAUGAGGAGUUCAGAGGAAACAUCACAGAGCUCUUUGCUGUUGAGUGGGAGGUCAUGAAGAGUUUGGAGUCUGGCUGUGGUGCUGAUAUGUACGAUGGGUUGGUGGAAAGAAGACAAGCCUGUGAGAGAUGCAACAUGCUGGUGCAUUUGAGAUAUGUGAACAUAAAACAAGCACCCAGUUUAUGUUGGUCUUUGUGCUAGCAUUGCUUCACAAGGCACUGGUGUUUGGUCUGGCUCAACUAGAUGCAGGCAUAUGCUUAGACUGCAGACCUACUGCCAAUGAUAUUCUUUCUGAAGCGAUUGCUAGGUAAGUCAAUUAUGUCACUCCUCUUAGAAUGGGAACUAUUAAUUACGUGAAUUAGAGAGACACAGCAAAAAUGAUCAAAGCAGGUGGUGAAAUGGGAUACCAAGAUACACAGUGUGGUUUAAUGCUCAUGAUGCCUGUUCACUGCGAAUGCCUUUGAAGAUGGGUGAUACGUAAUGUUUCUAAUUGAUUAUAUUAGUAAGGGUGUUAUCUGGAGGGCAUUUGAUGCAGAUUCAGGAAAUCUGGCUCUGUUUCUUGGUAUUUCAUUGGCCAGCUGAGCAAGUUAAUUCCUUUUUCUUUGCCUUAGUUGUUCCACCAUUAAAAGGCAGAUAAUCACCCAUAAAAUGGAAAUAAUUAUACUGUCCUGUUUGAAAAGGGUGUAGAGACCAACUGAUUACAAGUUCUGGAUGCAUUUUUGAAGUUAUUACUAUUUGCUUUGUUUAGAUAAGUUAAUAAUAACAGACACGUCAGCGUCAGUGGAUGUGCGACUUGCUUUGAGCUGGCAAGAAGAGAUGGGAACUUGAAUCAUUAUUGAUUUUCACUUUAAAGGUCUCUGCUAGCAAUUUAUUUAAAGGAAACAAUAAAGGUUGAUGCCAGAACUCUUC